CCCGGCUCCCCUCCCCGGCCCCGACGGGCGGGCGGGCUGCCCUGAGGAGGCGGGGAGGGGAAGGCUGGGCCGGCCGGCGGGCGGGCGACGAUGCCGAACUUCUGCGCUGCCCCCAACUGCACGCGGAAGAGCACGCAGUCCGACUUGGCCUUCUUCAGGUUCCCGCGGGAUCCGGCCAGAUGCCAGAAGUGGGUGGAAAAUUGUAGGAGAGCAGAUUUAGAAGAUAAAACACCUGAUCAACUCAAUAAACAUUAUCGAUUAUGUGCCAAACACUUUGAGACUUCUAUGAUCUGUAGAACUAGUCCUUAUAGGACAGUUCUUCGAGAUAAUGCAAUACCAACAAUAUUUGAUCUUACCAGUCAUUUGAACAAUCCACAUAGUAGACACAGAAAACGAAUAAAAGAAUUGAGUGAAGAUGAAAUCAGGACACUGAAACAGAAAAAAAGAGCGAGGAGCCACAACAACUGAAAAAAGGAGCCACUCAGAGGCCGUUGAUGAAACUUCUGAACAGGAACAAAAACAUAAAGAAACCAACAACAGUAAUGCUCAGAACCCCAGUGCAGAAGAAGGGGGUGAAGA